CUCUUUGUUAGUAGUUGCCGUCUUUAUUCUAUGAGUUGCCGUUAAGAAAAGCACGCGGUCGCGCCACGAUCGCUGCCUGUGAACCGGGGAAAUCAAAACAUUUUUUUCUGUUGAACUGUGAUUUAUUGAAACUCGAGUGCUAGUGUCCUUAACGAUCCGUCGCACCUGGACGACGCGCCAGAACAUAACCUCCGCUUGGCCAGAACUAAACGAUGCAAGACGGCGGGAAGACUGGCGAAGAACGCUCGGAUGGCACGGACGUCCACCUGUCGUUCCUAAGCGAAACUUCUACAAGUUCGGCGAGCAUGUCCUCAUGGAGGAAGAUCAGCGCAUCGAAUUCAAGGCUCACAAGGAUAUGUCCAUCGAAGAGCUGUCGCAGGCGUGCAAGGACCAGCACACUCGCCAGACCAUCUCUAGAACUAUCUGUGCCUUCUUAAACACUGGAAGAGGUGGAACUGUUUAUCUGGGAAUCCUUGACAAUGGUGAUGUGAAUGGUAUCCAUCUCACGGAAUACCAAAAAGACCAUGUGCUCUUGAGCCUUGAAAAUCUGAUGCUGCGGUACAAGCCACCUGUCCCAAAGCACAUGUAUGAGCUGCGAUUUGUUCCAGUCAUUUCUGAGGGUGUUCCAUUGCCAACAAAGCAAAGGUGUGGUACUCAAGGCAGUUGUGUUUUAUCAUAUUGUGUAAUCUAAUACCUGUGUCACACGGG